AUGAAUAUGAAUGAUCAAAAUAGUUGCGACAGUAGCAUUAGUAGUUUGGAUAAGUAUCAGAAUAAUUUAACUACUAUCAACCCUAAAAAUAGUAUUAUUACUGAUAAUGGAAACCCAAUCAAGACAAAUACUGACCUAACGGCUUUUUCUUCCUCUUUUUCUUCCUCUUCUUCCUCUUCCUCCUCCUCCUCCUCUUCUUCCUCCCCCUCCUCUACAUCAUCCGGAACCCAUAAUAGUAGCACAGAAGCACCAUCUAUAGAUAACAGCAUUAGACAAACAUCCAUGCGCAACAAAUCAGUAUCUUCUCACGGCAUAACAGUGAGUGACGAAUUCAGAAAGAAACAAGAAGAAUGGGCUCUAAGAGGGGCGGCCCGAAUAGUUAAAGAGGUUAAAAACCCCGUUACUGGAGAGAUAACGAAACAUGUUAUCACGAGAGGAAUCAAUGAUUUUAAAUUUUGCCAGGAGUUGGGUGACGGAUCAUAUUCCACUGUGGUUUUAGCAACCAGUAUCCACGAUCCUUUUAAAAAAUACGCAGUAAAAAUAUUAAAUAAAGCCUAUUUGGUGCGUCAGAAAAAAGUCAAGUAUGUUAAUAUUGAAAAACAAGCAUUACAAAGACUAAAUAACUCAAAGUGUGUUAUUAAGUUGUUUUACACUUUUCAAGAUGAACAGAGUCUAUAUUUUUUAUUGGAAUAUGCUCCAUCCGGUGACUUGUUAGCCUUAAUGAAAAAACAUGGAUCUCUAAGCGAAGAUUGUACUAGAUAUUAUAGUGCUCAAAUUAUAGAUGGAAUUGAUUACCUACACAAGCAUGGAAUAAUUCAUAGAGAUAUCAAACCAGAAAAUAUUUUAUUAACGGAAGACAUGAAAGUCAAAUUCACAGAUUUUGGAACCGCAAAAAUAUUGGAUAAAACAAAUGUUAAUGGAAAUAACGAGUAUGAUCUAUUAACUAGAUCGAAUUCUUUUGUUGGAACAGCAGAAUAUGUCUCCCCAGAAUUGUUGAAUGAUAAUUAUGUGGAUUACAGAUGUGACAUCUGGGCUUUUGGAUGCAUAUUAUACCAAAUGAUAGCUGGUAAACCACCAUUUAAAGCAUCCAACGAAUAUUUGACAUUUCAAAAGGUGAUGAAAGUUCAAUUUGCAUUUACCGCAGGAUUCCCCCUAAUAGUACGUGAUUUAGUUAAUAAAAUUUUGGUAAAGGAUCCAAAUAAAAGAUUAGGCGUUAAGGAUAUUAAAUCCCAUUUUUUUUAUGAGUCUAUUCCCUUUAAUAUAUUAUGGGAUUUGCCACCCCCGCCAAUUGGUCCCUAUAAAAUAACUGCAAAAUCAAUGGUCCAGAUACCAGAGCUAAAUGCUUCCUGCAACAAUGGUAGCAAAAUUUCUUUAACUUCAAAGAAAAAACUUACAAAAAAGACUCAAUCAACGGCAGAGGCAGCAUCAGCAUCAGCACCUAUAUCGUCUUUGCCUCGUUUAGUUUAUAGCAGGUCUUCUCCAAUACUUGAUAACGGAAACGUAGGAACUUUUUCCCCUAAUUUAAACAAAUCACAUAGUAGUAGCAUAUUUUUUACAACUACCAGAGUUGAUAAACAUUAUGAUAAUAACAUUAAUAAUAGCUCAAAAAAUGUUGGAAACAACAUUGGUGUUAGUAAACCAACUACCAUGAAAAAAAUAACACAUACCUCCGACACAAAAACCAAAGAAAUUUUAGAAACUGCCAAAAGAAAUAUAGCUCUAAGACAACAACAUCAUCCAGAACAACAGCGAAGCCGUAGUAAUGGUAGUUCAGGAAAAUCAACGUCUACAACAAUUCAACCUAACUCCAGCACUGUAGCCAACAAUGCAAUAACCAAUACUUCUACAUCAAUUACCACGGCUACUCAUAAUAACCCAUCUACUGCUACGAUCAACCCCAUUUCCACUGCCACCCCUUCUCACACAUAUGUCAAAAAAAAUGCAGCACAUGCGGCAGCAGCAGCUUUAUCAAAAGUAUCUUUUACUAGCAACAAUGACAACAGCAACCAUAACAAUGAUGAUGCUCCCAAAAAGACUCCCAAAAGACGUUCGACUUGUAUCCCAGCGCUGUCUUCCCUCAACAGUUCCUCUGAAAAGUUGGCCCAUACUAGCAGAAUAAAUGAAAACCCAGCAUCUAUGAGCAAAUAUGACAUUUACUGGUCCUACUAUUUAAGAAGCUUGGAUGAAAGGGUAUUGAAAAAUGGCGAAUUGUUUAUGGUUACCUGUGAUUCCAAUAUUUUUGAUAAACAGGUGUCUAAAUGGAAUGUAGAACUGAGAGAUAUUGCUCCAGCAAGGAAACCAAUUACAAGACUAUCACAAGCAGCUAGGGGAGGCGGUACGGGUUUUAGAAACAUUUCUGAAAAAGAUAUGUACUUAACUUUUCAAAUACCAACUACCGAUUCAAAACUGGAUAGCCGAUAUGAUUUCCAUGCACUGGUUUUGAAAAACGAGCCAACCUCAACAUUUAGAAAGUUUUUUAGUGGCAACAGUAGUAAUGCUAACGCCAGUGCUACUACUGAUGGCUCUGGAAAAUUUCCAAGAAAUUUGCUCUUUGAGGAGAGAAGUUAUGAAAGGAAAAUGCUGGUCAUCACGUCUCAAGGCAAAUGUCUAAUAUUUGUCAAAAAAACCAAAAUUUUAUCUGCAACUAAAUUGUAUUACCAAUUACAGCAUGAAAUUAACUUAAACCAGAAGUAUGUUAGAUUACAAGAAAUAUGUGGGUUAGAAGAUCGAAUGGAUUACCAGUUUGUAAUCCAUACACCAUUUAAAUCUUUUAUUUUUAAGUGUGAUAGAAAGGAUGCUUCGUCAUGGAUUGAUUCGUUUAAAAUUUCCCAAAAUUAUGAAAUCAGUAAUAACUCAUCCUCUUCAUUAACUCAUAAAGUUUCACCGGCUGCAGAUCAGGCUGCAAAAUUGGUUGCAUCUAAUAAUGCUGCCUCACAAAAAAGUGCCAAGUCUAGAAGAACCUCCAUUAGAAGUAAUGGCAAUAAUAAUGACAUAGGCCCUCUGAAAAGAUCAGCGAGUACAAGUUCGGUACCAACACAAUCAAAGGGGAAUGUUAUUCAUGGAGCUACUGGUCCUACAAUCCCAACUAACACCAACAAUAUUUUGAAAAGCAACAGUAACAGCAGUAGUAAUGGUGGUGAAAGGAUGUUUGAUACGUUUGUUAGUCUGAGAGAGAAACAAAAUGCUGGAUUAAAAGUUAAAUCAGUUCCUGAGUCUAACAAAUUAAUCAAUGGAUUACCUGCAUUGUUUGGUGGUAAUAAUAGAAACAUGAGGGAAUAA